UGGCGGUUCAAUAACUAAUCCAUCUCUCCCAAAAGUUUGAACGUUUGCCGCCUAAAACAACGUUUCUCUCUCUCUCCCCCGCCUUACCCUUAUUUCCUCUUCUUCUCUCUCAAUUCCCAUUCCCAAGUUCAACACAUCCAAAUCCUCCAUUGUUACCCAAACCCUAGCUAGCCCUCACCAUCACUUCACCAAUCCACCUCAAAAAAAAACACCUCCGCAUGGAAAGCGACGACGAUUACGAAUCCUUCUCUCCUCCCCAACAACCCUCGCCCCCGCUCCACCACCGAAAGCUCAAACGCCUGAAGAAAUCAAUUCACGUUGCGAACGGAGUGGUGUCGGUCGAAAAAUCGCUAGAAUCGCGGGAUCUGGAGUCUCGGCGGGCACAUGAGGCCUUUGGAGGUGAAAAUGAGUCGAAUUCUGGUUUAGGGUUUGAUGACGUUGGCGACGGAUGUGAAAAGAAAAUGUUGGAUCGAAGCGGGGGAGUGGGAGAAAAUGAAUUGGAGGGUUUUGGUGUUGAAAAUGAGUUGAGUUCUGGUUUUGGUGGUAGGCGAUUUGGCGGAGGUCGUGAGGAGAGUAAGAGGGACUUAGGGUUUGAUAAUUUGCAUGGGGAAAGGUCGGAUUGGAGCGGUGGAGAGGGAGAAAAUGGGGCGGGUUUGGAGAUGGAGAGAGUGAAGGAGAAGCGGGUUAACGAAGGGGGUUUGGAUGGAUCUGAGGAAUGUGAUGGUGGUGGUGAUGAGUUGAAUUGUGCGAUGGAUGGGGUGGGAGUCGGUGGAGAGCGGAAGGAAGCGAAGAGGGUUUUGGAUUUUGAUGAUGUUGGUGGGAGAGUUGAGGAGAAACGGGUUAGCGAAGCGGAUUUGAAUGAAUCUGAGGAAUGUGAUGAUGUUGGUGGUGAUGAGACAAAUUGUGGAUUUGAUGGCGUGGGAUUUGGAGAAGGUCGGAAGGAGACUAAGAGGGUUUUGGAUUUUGAUGAUGUUGGUGAGGGAUUUGAAGGGAAAGAGUCUGAUCAAAGUGGUGGAGUGGAAGGAAGUGCAGCGGAUUUGAAGGCAGGGAGACGUGAGAAGAAACGGGUUAGUGAAGAGGAUUCGAGUGAAAGUAAAGGGAACAAGAAGAAGAAGAAGAGUGGUAAGAGUGAUGGUGAUGUUGUGAGGCCCAAAACAUCUUCUUCCAAUAGAAGAAGGGAAGAAAAGGAAAGAAAAAUUUAUCUGCAGCAGCUUCAUGCCGAGUCUCAGAGACUCUUGCGAGAAACUAGAGAUGCCACCUUUAAGCCUGUUCCAGUUGUACAAAAACCUAUAUCAUCCGUGUUGGAGAAGAUUCGACAAAGGAAGCUUGAGGUGUUGAAGAAAACUAUUAGUCUGCAAAAUAAAUGGUCUGCUGCUGCGAACAAUGCAAAUUUGAUGGAGGACAAAAUGGACCUUGAUUCAGAAAAAGUCGUUGCCGUAGAGAGAGAAGUUGAUAUAUCUGUUGAAGUGGUGCAAGAGGAGACAAUAGUGUGUCAUGCUGAUGUGGAGAGUGGGGUGGAUGUAUCUCAUGUGGAUGGAACUCAGGAAGAAGCAAGACAGUCAAGUGAUGAAAAUACUCCCUCCCAAUUGGCUGUGGAUGAGCAAUCAAUGCAUGCAUUUCGAGCUCCAGUUGACGAUACUCAGGAUCUGUUUGGUGAUUCUCAAUCAAGUGAAGGGAAAGAUACCUUGUAUGAUGACCAGAAUGAUAGUCCUACGGAAGAAAUUUUGGCACCAUCUCUCCUUGCAAUGAACUUGAAGUUUGAUUCCGCUCCUGGUGAUGACAUUUCUGAUGACGAAGAGUACAAUGACAAGGAGAACAUUGCUCCAGAUAGAAAUGAUAAUGGAUUAUCUUCUCCACAAGGUGACCCUGUUAAAGCUUUUGUUGAUGAUGAAGCUGUGGAAGAAGAUGACAGUGACAAUGACCUAAUGCGCUUCCAAGAAGAUGAAGAAGAUGGGGACAUUGAAGAUUACGACGAACUUAAGGAUCUGAUAGCAACUGGGUAUGAUGAGAAGCCAAUUGAUAACGAAAUGCGCAAUGAACUUCAUCAGAAGUGGUUGGAGCAACAGGAUGCAACUGGGACAGACAAUCUUUUGCAGAGACUGAAGUUUGGUUCAAUACUCAAAGACACAGGUUUGCUUGAUGAGGACGAAGAAGAAGGAGAAGAUAAUGAGGAUGAUGAAGAAUUUGGGGAUGAAGCUGUGGAAAACAAUGCAAAAGCAAGUGUGGUUCGAAUGAAUUCAAGAAAAGCAAAGCAAAUGAUUCCUCACAUGUUUUCUGAUAUGAAUGAUGGUUACUUAUCUGACGGCGAAGAGACAGAGAGAAAGCUAGCUAAACAGCGACUUCUUGAUAAAAGUGAAGAGCAAGUUACCUUGUUGUCUCCAGCCAAGGAUGAGAGUUGUAGAGAAGUGUUUGGCCUCAUAAAGAAGUUGAAUAUCGUGCCUGAUGCCAAAAAGAAAGCAAAAACAUCAUCAUUUUUUGAUAAGAUGCUAACAGGAAGAAGUAGCAAUGGCUCUUCAAAGUCAUCUUUCCUCGGUCGAGCAACAAGCAAUUCUCUUCCGUUGUCUCAUAAGAAAGGAGCAAGCACAGUUCGCUCUUUCAUUUUCGGACGGGAUGACAGUAAUAGCAGGAAUUCAGCGUCAAUAUCAGAGGAUUCUUCUGAUGUGAUUCCAAGAGAAAAUCUACCAGCAAGGAAUACAGUGGCCAAAUUCAGUAGCUCACAAUCCAGAGUGAGUAUUCAAAGUAGAAAGGAUCCUGCAGAAGCUGUUUCCGGUGCUUCACUUUUUGAGAUUUUGAAGCGAUCAUCAAUGCAGUCAAAUGUUUGUAACCAGGAUACUACGGUUGGUCUAACGCAAACUGUAUAUGCUGCGUUUAAAAUUCCAAAGAAGCCGGUAAAGAUCGAAGGAAGGAGCUAGAACAACCUAGGGAAUUCCACUACAUUUUUGGGCCAUUCGUUGUGGGAAACAGAACUCCAUGAAGACUAUGGUGCUAAGACUUGCUCUCUCUGCCACCAUGUAUCGUAUACGAGGGGAAAGGAAUUGUUGGAGUUUUCCGGACUGACAAAUGGAUAAGGAAACAGUUGGCAUGAAGUUCAUCAAGGAUAUCAGGCAUUGCAUGGAGAAAUAUAUGCCUAUCACAGCAGAAAAACCAAAAAAUUGCUGAAGUUUGGGAAGGCUCUAGCAGAUUGUUUAGCUCAUAGCAUUGACUUUUGGCCAUAGUUAUUUUUUAUUUUUGUGAGUGUGUUGUCUUUUGGUGUGAGCUCUCAUCAAGGCUAUGCCGUGGCAUUUGGUUCUUGGUUUGCUGGUUCUUUGUGAAUUUCUUACCAAAAUGAAAAAAACAGACAUCUCCGGUCCCGGAUAUCUGAUGUAACGGCAAUUUCGUGCAUUUGUGGAGGUGAAAGAGAGCUCAUUAAAUUUUA